AGUGCCCGCUGCUGCAGCACGAUCAACACAUCUCUCGCUGUUUUGAUCAAUGGAGACUACCUGAGCGUUUAGAGGACUUCUGAAAUAACAACAGUUAAACCGGUCAGGGUUGGUCCACUUUGUUUUCUCUGAUUUCAGACGUCUACGGCAUCUCAGAGUGGAAGAGAUGGAGAACGGGAUAUCAGACGACACGGACUCCAUGUGGGAGAAGGUGGAGUGCAAACGCUACGAUCUGUGCCGCGUCAUCUCCCCGUCCAAGCUCACUCCCUACCUCCGUCAGUGCAAAGUCCUGGAUGAGCAGGACGAGGACGAGAUCCUCAACUCCAUGCUGCUGGUCUCAAAGGCCAACCGCACAAGUCGUCUGCUUGACAUCCUCCGCACUAAAGGAGACCGGGGCUACGUGGCGUUUCUGGAGAGCCUGGAGCUUUACUACCCCGACCUGUACAGGCUAGUCACCGGGAAAGAUCCAACACGGCGCUUCUCCACCAUCGUAGUGGAAGAGGGCCAGGAAGGUCUGAUCCAGUUCCUCAUGAAUGAAGUGAUGAAGCUGCAACAGCAGACCAAAGCCAAGACCCUGCAGUUCACUGAGCUCAGCAGGAAGAACUGCACGCUGGAGGACGAGCAGAAGAAGCUGCGGCUGGCCAACCAGGAGCUCCAGGCCUUCCAACAAAGGUACAAUAAACUGAGAGAGGAGAGGAACACCUACAGUGAUGAGCUGCUGAGAGUAAAGGAUGAAAACUACAAGCUGGCCAUGAGGUACGCCACGCUGAGCGAGGAGAAGAACAUGGCGGUGAUGAGGAGCCGGGACCUGCAGCUGGAGAUCGACCAGCUGAAGCACAGGCUGAACAAGCUGGAGGAGGAGUGUAAGAUGGAGAGGAGGCAGAGUCUGAAACUGAAGAACGACAUCGAGAACCGGCCCAAGAGGGAGCAGGUCUUUGAGUUGGAAAGAGAGAACGAAAUGCUCAAGAUCAAGCUGCAGGAGCUGCAGUCCAUCAUACAGCCCGGCCCCUUGCCAGCGUCAGACAAGGCUAUUCUUGACAUUUUGGAGCAUGACAGACAGGAAGCUCUGGAAGACAGACAGGAUCUGGUCAACCGCCUCUACAACCUGCAUGAAGAAGUCAGACAAGCAGAAGAACUACGAGAUAAGUAUUUGGAGGAGAAGGAGGAGCUGGAACUGAAGAGCUCCACACUGCAGAAGGACUGUGUGAUGUAUCGCAACCGCAUCAACACCAUCUCUGCUCAGCUGGACGAGGUGGAGAAGGAGAGGGACCAGGCGUUCCGGGCCAGAGACGAGGCCCAGCACCACUUCUCUCAGAGUCUCGUGGACAAAGACAAAUACCGCAAGCAGAUCAGGGAGCUGGAGGAGAAGAGCGAUGAACUCCAGAUCGAGAUCGUCCGCAAGGAGGCCAAGCUGGUGACGCUGGAGUGUCGCCUUCGGCGGAUGUCCAAGGACGCCGUCUCGGAGCAGAGUUUACCGCGAGACCUUCCUCCAACCAUCAUCUCUCAGGUGGAGGAUUUUAAACCGGGGCAGGGCCAGUCAGAGUGGUCCAGUGACGAGUCUCAUGAGGAGAAGUCUCAAGCUCCGAAGCCUCGGCUGACGCGCAGACCCAACCUGAAAGAAAGGCACAGAGCCAAGUCUCCAGUCUGUUUGCUCAAGGACCUUCAAGCCAGUCCAGCUCCAGCGUCUGUCAACGGAGACUUACUGGAUAUUCAGAUGCCAAACUACCAAAUCAGCAGCUCAGUCCCCACGUCCCCCAGCUUCAUGAUGUCCCCGACGUACCCAUUCUCCGCUCCGCCUCCGCUCCCCUCCUCCCCGUCUCCCUCCCUGCUGCUGUUUGCCGCCGCCGAGCAGACCCGGCCCAACAUGCUGCGUAACCGUAACGACAGCAUCCUGUCCAUACUCCCAGAACCGCCUGAAAAAGCAUCGCUGUAUCGCCGGGAGCGGGAGAAGGAGCACGACUUCCAACCCCGCAGCCUCUCAGACUUUGAUAGCGACAACAUGGAAGUGGAGGGAGAGGACGGUCCCAACUCUGUGGUCUCAUCCUCAUCCUCCCAUCAGUCUGAAGGGGUGGACACUUAUGAUCUGGAGCAGGUCAACAACAUCUUCAGAAAACUCUCCCUGGAGCGGCCGUUCCGCCCGUCCCUGUCCUCCUUCUCCAGGAUCAGCUCCACCGUGAAGCCGGUGCAGCAGCUUUCUCUACUGGGCGACAACUUGCUGAAGGACAUGGCUCUGGUGGGCGGCAACGACAGCGGGAUCUUCGUCUCAUCCGUCCAGCCGGGAUCCAACGCGGACAAGGCGGGGCUCCGAGAGGGCCACCAUCUUCUCCUGCUUGAGGGCUGCAUACGAGGAGAAAACCAAAACGUUUCCCUGGAUACCAGCACGCAGGAGGAAGCCCACUGGACGCUGCAGCACUGCUCUGGAUCUAUCAAACUGCACUUUCGAGCUAAUUUUGACGCGUAUCGCCGUCUCCAGAGGGAUCUGGUGGACGGCACGUUGGCUUCUGGCGACUCCUUUUACAUCCGGGUCAACCUCAACAUCUCUGGCCAGUCAGACAGCUGCUCUUUGAGUGUGCACUGCGAUGAAGUGGUGCACGUGCUGGACACCCGGCACCAGGGCCUCUGCGAGUGGCUGUGCGCCCGCGUGGACCCCUACACGGGAACCGACACGCCUGAGCGCGGCACCGUACCCAGCAACUCACGAGCACAGCAACUACUCUUGGUGAAGAUCCAGAAGUUGGUGUAUCGAGGGGGAAGAGAAGAAAAUGAAAGUCGCCGUAACAGCAGGAACAACUUAGGGCCAGAAGAAGCCAGUCCCAGCCUUGACCCUAAGGCCAGCCCACGCCUGUCUCGAGCCUCCAUCUUCCUCACUCAGAUACUGCAGUUUGUCAGCAGGGUGGACAUCAAGUACAAGCGCAUGAACAGCAAUGAACGUGUGAGGCUCAUCAACUCUGGUAGCUCAACGCUACCCAGACAAGGCUUGGACACGCUCAGACCCGAAGAUGCCUCCGACCCGGACAAUGAGUUGAGCCGAGGCAUCAACCUGAUUCCCUACAGUCCCGUCACCCCUCAGCGGACCCAGAGGAGACGACCGGUUCUGUUCACGCCCACUGCACUAGCCAAAACCAUUAUCCAGAAAAUACUGAACAUGGGAGCUGCCAUGGACUUCAAUAUCUGCAAACCAGACACUCUUACCAAAGAGGAGUUUCAUCUGAAGCAGAACGUGGAGCCCUUCAUUCACUACAAAGAGAAACAGGCCACAUUUGAAUGCAUCACCAGAGAAAACAUCGAGGCUGUCGCUGCCAAAGGAAAACACUGCCUGCUGGAGGCUGAGCUGAGCUGCGUCAAGGACCUUCUGCGGAGGGAAAUAUACCCGAUCAUCAUUUACGUCAAGAUCUGUGAGAAAAAUGUCAAAAAAUUAAGGAAGUUGCCUCUACGUGUGGAGUCGGAGGAGGAGUUUGUGAGGUCAUGCCGGGCGAAAGAGAAGGAACUGGAGGCCGUACCCUGCCUCUACACCACGCUAGAGCCCGACGCCUGGGCCGGGACGGACGACCUGAUCAAGGUCAUCAAAGACCGAAUACUGGACGAGCAGAAGAAGACUGUCUGGGUGGAACAGGACCUCCUGUAGUCCCAGUUGUUUGUACAAACCUUGUACAUCAAACCAUAAUAAUUUUAUAUUUAUAGCCAGUGUAAAAAAAACCUGUCCACACUGAAACUAUUGUGCACCUAAAUAAAUGCAUUAUGUGUUUUGUAAAUGUGUCUC